CUGUGGGCAAGGAAAUUACAUCUGGACGUGGGCUCUGUCAUCAAAAAUACUAACCAGGCACUGCAAAAGAUACAUGUGAGUUUGGCUUUAAUAGACUUCAACUAAGUUGUUUUUAUGAGAACUUCCAGUGUUGCACGUGUGGUCACUGAGUCAAAGUUUUACCAUCGUGAUGCGAUGCUAACUACAACUUGGAAUCAUGGGGAAGUUGGCUACCUAGGUAAAAUACAAGAACACGGCUAAUUUCGAAAGAGGAUGAUUUUUGUUACUAUUUUUGCAUGUGGCUGCUAAUAUAUAGAUACGUCAAUGAACUUAAUAAUAUGCCAUUUAGCAGACGCGUUUAUCCAAAGCGACUUAGUCAUGUGUGCAUACGUUUUUAAGAAUGGGUGGUCCCGGGGAUCGAACCCACUAUCUUGGCGUUACAAGCGCCAUGCUCUACCAAUUGAGCUACAGAGGACCACAACUUGUUAGCAAACGAUGACAGUGAGUGUGGCUGAACUCAAAAGCUGUAACUAGUUGGCUACAGUUGUAGCUAGCUAACUAUGUAGUUUAACUUUGCUUGUGGAGCCAUUUCACACACAUUUGUUACAUUGUAACCAGUGGGAUCAUUAUAAUUUUUUUGUCAUAUCCAGAGCGACUUACACUUAGUGAGUGCAUACAUUUUUCAUACUGCCAUCACUGGUCAGCAAACUUAGUAACAAAAUUGCUCGUUGCCACCCUGUGUUUUUAGGACUGAUUGCAUCAAUUGUGCUAAAAACAUGAUUUGUACAUUUGAGCAAAUUAUCUCUUCAAAAGUUCUGUCCUCUGUAAAUUAAUAGUCCCAUUGCCUCGUGAGUCACAUGAGUGAGUGAUUCCAAUCAAAGGGAGCGAGUCGACUAAUUGGAAACCACGCGCAUCGUGCUACUCACAUUAUCUAUUGCGUUGUAUGGAAAAGCACAUAUUUGAUAGUCUGCUGAUGUAACCUAGAUACGGUACAUACUCCUCAGGAAUUGUAUCAGUAGGCUUAUAGGGCAUUCCAGGGGGGUCAUGGCUAGAAGGGAUCCAGCUUUUGUCAAAUUAACGUAAAAAUGUGUUUUUAACCAAAUUAUCCUGACCUGCAACGUUAAUUAUCCUAGCCUGCUGCUUAAGUUCUCCUAACCUGCCAUGAAAAGUAAAAUCUGAUGUUAAUUUGACAACUGAUCCCUUCGAACCAUGACCAUCCAGGGGCGCAUUCAACAGGAUUAAACAUUCAGAUAGAAAUAGGCGAAGUAGAUCAAACAUGCCUCUAUGUAGAAUAAGAAAUCACAUAGGCUCUAUUCAUGGCAUUUCUAUCUGCAACGUUCGAUAAAGUUUGGCAACUGGGUAAAAUGGGAGAUAGGACUGGUUUAAACUCUGACCCCUUGGUUUGUUUGUGUUGUGGGGAGUAUUGAUUGGGGCAAAGGCAUACCCAUCACUUCUUCAACCCAAAUAUAAGCCAUCUACAACAGUGAUAGCGAACUUUGAUGCGGGUGGGGGCCACAAAAAAUAUGAACUCAUAAUCAGGGGCACAGUUGCUUGAGGGUCUGCAUACCUACAUCCCCCCCUACAUACAACACAAAUGUUUUGUAAGUGGGGGCCUCCUACCCUUGGGGGGUCCCCCCCCCCCCCACCCCCCCCCCCCCAAUGACUAUCAGUGAUUGAUUGUUCAAGGUAGAAGAAAAAACUGCUGAUCAUAACCAAAUGUUGAAAUGGCACUUGUGUAUUCAUACUCUAACUCGCAACAGUAAGUUGAGACCCCGACAUAGUUCCCAAUUUUGGAAAUUGAUCCGAGGCCCUAGGGCUGCCCACUACCCAUCCCUUAUGUACAACGUCUUUCUGAGGCAAAUUAAACGCAUACAGUAUUCAAGGGGUUGUACAAUUUUUGUCCCCCCAACCUAUUUCUACUGUCAUUAACACACCGCUACAUCAUGUGUCGCUUAAAAUGUUUUUUACGCAAAGGAAGCAUCGUCUUUAAUGGGUCCCUACACAGAAUGGGCUCUUGGACAAUGACAACUAAUUGGAGACAGUUUUUUAUGGGUGGCAGUGUCCCUACCAAUGUGACAUAUGAAUAGGUGAUUUAAGUGCUAGGCCCCAGCAAAAGGUCACCAAUCUUUCACAGCAGCCUGAUGAUGAGGCCUUGGGGAAGAUCCUCAUUUUCUGACUCCCUGCACCAUAGGUCAAUUUUCACAUGCAAUUAAAUGGCUUCCUUUAUGGAUUAUAAAUUAAAGUAAUUUGAGAAACUGUUUUAUUUACUGUCGCGGUUAGUGCCCAGAGACUAACCUGGAUUGAAUUCAGUAGGGUGCAAUGUUCUGAAGGUUGCAGAUAGAAAUGUAUUGUAUUGAGCUGACACGUUUCUUUUAUUCUACAUGACAGAGAAGUAUUUCUGUUCUACAGAAUAUAUUUAUAUCUGAAAGUUCUAUGAUGUUGUGUCUUACUGAGCACCACCCUGGUUCGGUGAUUCGAUCAUUUGUGUAUUACAUUUACUUUUACAUUUUAGUCAUUUAGCAGACGCUCUUAUCCAGAGCGACUUACAGGAGCAAUUAGGGUUAAGUGCCUUGCUCAAGGGCACAUUUACGUCAUUUAGCAGACGCUCUUAUCCAGAGCGACUCACCAAUUGGUGCGUUCACCCUAUAGCCAGUGGGAUAACCACUUUACAAUUAUUAUUUUUUUUGGGGGGGGGGGGGGGGGGGGUAGAAGGAUUACUUUAUCCUAUCCCAGGUAUUCCUUAAAGAGGUAGGGUUUCAAAUGUCUCCGGAAGGUGGUGAGUGACUCCGCUGUCCUGGCGUCGUGAGGGAGCUUGUUCCACCAUUGGGGUGCCAGAGCAGCGAACAGUUUUGAGGAAGGGGAGCCAGCAGGCCAGAGGUGGAUGAACACAAUGCCCUCGUUUGGGUGUAGGGACUGAUCAGAGCCCGACGGUACAGAGGUGCCGUUCCCCUCACUGCUCCAUAGUCAAGCACCAUGGUCUUGUAGCGGAUGCGAGCUUCAACUGGAAGCCAGUGGAGUGUGCGGAGGAGGGGGGUGACGUGAGAGAACUUGGGAAGGUUGAACACCAGACGGGCUGCGGCAUUCUGGAUGAGUUUUAGGGGUUUAAUGGCACAGGCAGGGAGGCCAGCCAACAGUGAGUUGCAGUAGUCCAGACGGGAGAUGACAAGUGCCUGGAUUAGGACCUGUGCCGCUUCCUGUGUAAGGCAGGGUCGUACUCUCCGAAUGUUGUAGAGCAUGAACCUGCAGGAGCGGGUCACCGCCUUGAUGUUGGCGGAGAACGACAGGGUGUUGUCCAGGGUCACGCCUAGGCUCUUCGCACUCUGGGAGGAGGACACAGCGGAGUUGUCAACCGUGAUGGCGAGAUCAUGGAACGGGCAGUCCUUCCCCGGGAGGAAGAGCAGCUCCGUCUUGCCAGGGUUCAGCUUGAGGUGGUGAUCCGUCAUCCAUACUGAUAUGUCUGCCAGACAUGCAGAGAUGCGAUUCGCCACCUGGUUAUCAGAAGGGGGAAAGGAGAAGAUUAGUUGUGUAUCGUCAGCGUAGCAAUGAUAGGAGAGGCCAUGUGAGGAUAUGACAGAGCCAAGUGACUUGGUGUAUAGGGAGAAAAGGAGAGGGCCUAGAACUGAGCCCUGGGGGACACCAGUGGUGAGAGCACGUGGUGCGGAGACAGCUUCUCGCCACGCCACUUGGUAGGAGCGACCGGUCAGGUAGGACGCAAUCCAGGAGUGAGCCGCGCCGGAGAUGCCCAGCUCGGAGAGGGUGGAGAGGAGGAUCUGAUGGUUCACAGUAUCAAAGGCAGCAGACAGGUCUAGAAGGACAAGAGCAGAGGAGAGAGAGUUAGCUUUAGCAGUGCGGAGAGCCUCCGUGACACAGAGAAGAGCAGUCUCAGUUGAAUGACCAGUCCUGAAACCUGACUGGUUUGGAUCAAGAAGGUCAUUCUGAGAGAGAUAGCAAGAGAGUUGGCUAAAGACGGCACGCUCAAUAGUUUUGGAAAGAAAAGAAAGAAGGGAUACUGGUCUGUAGUUGUUGACAUCAGUGGGAUCGAGUGUUGGUUUCUUGAGAAGGGGAGCAGCUCUCUUGAAGACGGAAGGGACAUGGCCAGCGGUCAAGGAUGAGUUGAUCAGCGAGGUGAGGUAGGGGAGAAGGUCACCGGAGAUGGUCUGGAGAAGAGAGGAGGGGAUGGGGUCAAGCGGGCAGGUUGUUGGGCGGCCUGCAGUCACAAGUCGCAGGAUUUUAUCUGGAGAGAGAGGGGAGAAAGAAGUCAAAGCAUAGGGUAGGGCAGUGUGAGUAGGACCAGCAGUGUCAUUAGACUUAACAAACGAGGAUCGAAUGUCGUCAACCUUCUUUUCAAAGUGGUUGACGAAGUCAUCCACAGAGAGAGAGGGGGGGGGGGGAGGAUUCAGGAAGGAGGAAAAUGUGGCAAAGAGCUUCCUAGGGUUAGAGGCAGAUGCUUGGAAUUUAGUGGUAGAAAGUGGCCUGGAUUGGUUCUUCCUUCUACCUGUAAUUCAGUUGCCAUGGCAGAGCGAGUGCUGGUGAUUGGCAGUGGUGGGCGGGAACACACCCUGGCAUGGAAGCUGGCACAGUCGCCACACAUCCAGCAGGUCCUGGUGGCACCGGGGAACGCUGGCACCACCAACUGUGGAAAGAUCUCCAACUCUGGUGAGAAGUUGGAGAUCGCAUUUCAUGAUCAUACAAUUCCUGGUCAUGUCAGGUGAUCAAAAAAAAUAUAACUCUUAGCCACUCCGUUGCAUCUGAAAUUUGUGUGCGUCUUUCUCCCCCCCAUCUAUCUGCACAGAGGUGUCAGUGAGUAACCACUCUAUUCUGGCUCAGUUCUGUAAGGAGCAUAGCGUGGGGCUGGUGGUGGUAGGGCCUGAGGUGCCUCUGGCAGCAGGUGAGUGGCACACGCACACAUCCUUAUCUUCCCCAUUUCAUAUUCAGCCAUCUGAAACAGUACAGGUACAAUGGAAAUGCCAAGUUGGCCAGGCCGUCAUUGUAAAUAAGAAUUUGUUCUUAAUUGACUCACCUGGAUAAAUAAAGGUGUAAAAAAUAUAUAUAAUUAUCACUGCACUGCAAAUAUAAUGCUUUUCCUUUCCUCCCAUUUUUCUCUGGUCCCCUCCCUCCCUCUUUCCCAUCCCCAUUCAUCCGCUCGCUUUCGUUCCCAUCUCAUCUGCCCCCCCCCCUCUCUUAGGCAUGGUAGAUGACCUGCAAGCGGCGGGGGUCCCGUGUUUCGGCCCCUCAGCGAAGGCUGCCCAGCUGGAGGCCAGUAAGAGUUUCUCCAAGGCCUUUAUGGACCGUCACGGCAUCCCCACAGCCCGCUGGUGCUCCUUCACCGACCCCCAGGAGGCCUGCAGCUACAUCCGCACGUCAGUACCGGGGUGGGGGUGUUGGAGAGAUAUGAGUUCAUUAGGGCACACCAUAGGAAAAUGAUUUGCAACGGAAAACAGUGUUUCUUAUUGGACAAGUCCAGGUAGUCUGUCCCCAGUUUGAGUCUGCUCGCUGUGUGUCAUCUCAACAAUGUGUCAUUUGUGAGAUGAAUUUCUACCCAUCUCCUGAAUUGAAAUAGAAUUGACCCUGCCUUUGCGGCUCUCUGACCUUUAACCCCUGACCCCUGUGUUGACACCAGGGCCAGUUUUCCUGCUCUGGUGGUGAAGGCCAGUGGCCUGGCUGCAGGGAAGGGUGUCAUUGUUGCCAAGGACCAGGAGGAGGCCUGCCAGGCUGUGCUGGACAUAAUGAAGGUAUAGUUUCAAAGUGACCCAAAGUCAGUUUUGCAUUUCCCACCCUAAUAGUUCAUGCUAGGAUUCGGAGAGGGUAUGCUGUAUCUGUGGGCACUCACAGAUAGUGGAUCAGAAAGGGUUGCAUUGGAAUAAGCAAUAUGGCACAUCUAUCUAUAGUCUUUCAAAGGGUACCUAGGGCAGUGGUUCCAAACCUUUUUUAAAUUUUGCUCUGCUGUGGUCAUAAUUGUUUUGUUGUUGAUCCUAUUGAACAAUGAACAAGCUUUGUCUGUUUAAAUGAAUGGAGUGGCUGCAGUUACGGAUUUUCUGAAACCCGACUUGCUGUUGCUAAAAAUACGGAGAUUUCUGCACAUGCGGGAUCCACUAGCCUACCUCCUUUCAGCUGCUGUUCAGUCACUCUGUGACUCCGCUGCCGCUUGUACACAAAAUAGUUUGAAUAAACGUAGUUGUCUGUUGUGACAGUAGCCUAGGCUAUUCCAAACAUAAGCACGACACAAACAUGGGGAGUUACAUGCAGCUAUUUAGGCAAUAUAUAUGUAGCCUACACAGCAUAUCAAACAAGCAAGACAGACAGGCAUUCAAUAGCGAUUUUAAUGUUCUUUUUUUCAGCAUUGCAAACAUUGGCUAAACAGGAGGCAGACUGCUGGCUAUAUGGCAGCAUAACUAUAAAGAUUACAUCACACAACGGUAAUUGUUUUUGCUUAAUGCAAUGUGUGGACUGCAUCUUGCUUGUGCUACGGCAAUAGGCAUUACAGACAGACAGAAGGUUGUAUCCUUCAUACAUACAGAGUUUUUGGAAUGUUCUUUCAAAUUGCAGCUGUUCAAAAAUGAGGCAGAGAGAGGCUACAUCAUCAAAUUGGUUGAGGGUUCAGAAGAGGGUGAGUAAAGAGCGAAAUGUGUGUGUGUGUAAAAUAACACAUGGACAGAACAUGAUUCGGAUCCUUAGAUUUGAGAAAGACGUUUCCAGAGGGGCGGGGGUCAAAACUGUAUUCGUAGCCCCGGCCUUAAAUUAUACUGAACAAAAAUAUAAACGCAACAUGCAACAAUUUCAAAGGUUUUACUGAGUUACAGUUCAUAUAAGGAAAUCUGAAAUUCAUUAGGUCCUAAUCUAUAGAUCACAUGACUGGGCAGGGGUGCAGCCAUGGGUGGGCCUUGGAGCCAGGCCCAGCCAAUCAGAAUGCUUUUCUUUUCCCACACAAAAGGGCUUUAUUACAGACAGAAAUACUCCUCAGCACCCACCUCCCCUCAGACGAUCCGCAGGUGAAGUAGCCGGAUGUGGAGGUUCUGGGCUUGGCGUGGUCUGCACUAUUGAGGCCGGUUGGACGUACUGCUAAAUUCUCUAAAACGACGUUGGAGGAAGUUUUAACAUUCAAUUCUCUGGCAAAAGCUCUGGUGGACUUUCCUGCAGUCAGCAUGCCAAUUGCACGGUCCGUCAACUUGAGACGUUUGUGGCAUUGUGUUGUGUGACAAAACGGCACAUUUUAAAGUGGCCUUUUAUUGUCCCCAGCACAAGGUGCAUCUGUGUAAUGAUCAUGCUGUUUUAAUCAGCUUCUUGAUAUGCCACACCUGUCAGGUGGAUGGAUUAUAGUGGCAAAGGAGAGAUGUUCACUAACAGGGAUGUAAACAAAUUUGUACACAACAUUUUAAAGAAAUAUGAUUUUUGUGCGUCUGGAAAAUUUCUCAUCAAACAUGGGACCAACACUUUACAUGUUGCUUUUAUAUUUUUGCUCAGUGUAACAUGGACAUGUUACAUUGUGCCACACAAGAAUAUACCAUGACAUUUUAAAUGCUUAAUUCUUGUAAAAAAUUUUUUUAGAAUGUAGUGUUUAUGUAGCUUACUGAGCUACGGCUGCUUCAGACGUCACGUGGCUUAGACUUUGUAUUGUUUUCAGUUGCACACUGUAAAUGUAGCUUACAGUUCUGAGGACGCACAAAGUUAUUGUUUUAUUUUCAAGCUAUUUUCCUCCCUCAUGGGCUAUGGGUUGUGCAUUUAGCCCUCCAGUCAGCCCUGACAACGGUAUGCUUUCCCCCCCACUUCAAAUAGCGAUUAGGCUACAGGCGUGCAUCUACGGAGGGUCCACAAGACCUGACACGUAUCAAUGCAUCACCAGAAAACCAUUUUAUUUUUACCAAAUCAGUUCUAUGAUGGCAAACAUCAGUCUUGGUUCACCGUUGCUGUUAGCCUACCUUUAGCCAAAAGCUACCCCCUGAAAAAAAACCUGCACACUGUCUGCUAUUGUGGCAUUUUGCGUCAUUAUGAUUGAUCAAAAGAGUAGAACAUUUUUGAAAUAUAUUUUUUGGGGACUAUCCGGAUAUCCCCCCCCCUCCCCCCUCAAAAAAAUCAUGAUAUUAGAAUAGUGAAAUAAUUUCAAAUGCCAAUCCCUAGCUACUACCAGUCUCUUUCCGCUUUCUGGUUGGCUUAUUUCUCCUCCUCUCUGAGCUCCCGUACUGACAGAAUACCACAGUCUAUUCUUCUCUUUUGAUUGUCACCAAAAUGGUAUCUGUGGGCUUGGCCUUGAAUGUUGCUCUUUUGGGAGAGAUGUAUCACUUACGCACACUCACUAGACUAAAUACACUACCAUUCAACAUUUUGGGGGUCACUUGGAAAUGUCCUUGUUUUUGAAAGAAAAUCAAUUUUUUUGUCCAUUAAAAUAACAUCAAAUUGAUCAGAAAUUCAGUGGAGACAGUGUUAAUGUUGUAAAUGGCUAUUGUAGCUGGAAACGGCUGAUUUUUAAUUGACUAUCUACAUAGGCGUACAGAGGCCCAUUAUCAGCAACCAUCAGUCCUGUGUUCCAAUGGCACGUUGUGUUUGCUCAUCCAAGAAAAAGCCAUAUCUCAGACUGCCCAUCUUAAUCUUUUCUUUUAUUGCCCAGUCUGAGAUAUGGCUUUUUCUUUGCAACUCUGCCUAGAAGGUCAGCAUCCCGGAGUCACCUCUUCACUGUUGAUGUUGAGACUGGUGUUUUGCGGGUACUAUUUAUUGAAGCUGCCAGUUGAGGACCUGUGAGGAGUCUGUUUUUCAAACUAGACACUAAUGUAUUUGUCCUCUUGCUCAGUUGUGCACCGGGGCCUCCCACUCCUCUUUCUAGUCUGGUUAGAGCCAGUUUGCGCUGUUCUGUGAAGGGAGUAGUACACAGCGUUGUACGAGAUCUUCAGUUUCUUGGCAAUUUCUCGCAUGGAAUAGCCUUCAUUUCUCAGAACAAGAAUAGAUUGACGAGUUUCAGAAAGUUAUUUGUUUCUGGCCAUUUUGAGCCUUUAAUCAAACCCACAAUUGCUGAUGCUCCAGAUACUCAACUAGUCUCAAGAAGGCCAGUUGUAUUGCUUCUUUAAUCAGCACAACAGUUUUCAGCUGUGCUAACAUAAUUGCAAAAGGGUUUUCUAAUGAUCAAUUAGCCUUUUAAAAUGAUAAACUUGGAUUAGCAAACACUGUGCCAUUGGAACACAGGACUGAUGGUUGCUGAUAAUGGGCCCAUGUAGAUAUUCCAUAAAGAAAUCUGCUGUUUCCAGCUACAAUAGCCAAUUACAACAUUAACAAUGUCUACACUGUAUUUGUGAUCAAUUUGAUGUUAUUUUAAUGGAGCUUUUUCUUUUUUUUCCCUUUAAAAAACAAGGUCAUUUCUAAGUGACCCCAAACUUUUGAACUGUAGUGUAAUAUACAGACACACACACACACACACACACAGUUGAAGUCAGAAGUUUACAUACACCAUAGCCAAAUACAUUUAAACUCAGUUUUUCACAAUUCCUGACAUUUAAUACUAGUAAAAAUUCCCUGUCUUAGGUCAGUUAGGAUCACCAUUUUAUUUUAAGAAUGUGAAAUGUCAGAAUAGUAGUAGAGAGAAUGAUUUAUUUCAGCUUUUAUUUAUUUUAUCCAAUUCCCAGUGGGUCAGAAGUUGACAUACACUCAAUUAGUAUUUGGUAGCAUUGCCUUUAAAUUGUUUAACUUAGGUCAAACGUUUCGGGGUAGCCUUCCACAAGCUUCCCACAAUAAGUUGGGUGAAUUUUGGCCCAUUCCUCCUGACAGAGCUGGUGUAACUGAGUCAGGUUUGUAGGCCUCCUUGUGCGCACAUGCUUUUUCAGUUCUGCCCACAAAGUUUCUAUAGGAGUGAGGUCAGGGCUUUGUGAUUGCCACUCUGUCCUUAAGCCAUUUUGCCACAACUUUAGAAGUAUGCUUGGGGUCAUUGUCCAUUUGGAAGACCCAUUUGCGACCAAGCUUUAACUUCCUGACUGAUGUCUGGAGAUGUUGCUUCAAUAUAUCCACAUAAUUUUCCUUCCUCAUGAUGCCAUCUAUUUUGUGAAGUGCACCAGUCCCUCCUGCAGCAAAGCAUCCCCACAGCAUGAUGCUGCCACCCCCGUGCUUCACGGUUGGGAUGGUGUUCUUCGGCUUGCAAGCAACCCCCUUUUUCCUCCAAACAUAAUGAUGGUCGUUAUGGCCAAAAAAUUUAGUUUAAUCAGACCAGACGACAAUUCUCCAAAAAGUACGAUAUUUUUCCCCAUGUGCAGUUGCAGACCGUAGUCUGGCUUUUUAAUGGCGGUUUUGGAGCAGUGGCUUCUUCCUUGCUGAGCGGCCUUUUAGGUUAUAUCGAUAUAGGACUCGUUUUACUGUGGAUGUAUAUACUUUUGUUCCUGUUUCCUCCAGCAUCUUCACAAGGUCCUUUGCUGUUGUUCUGGGAUUGAUUUGCACUUUUCGCACCAAAGUACGUUCAUCUCAAGGAGACCGAACGCGUCUCCUUCCUGAGCAGUAUGACGGCUGUGCGGUCCCAUGGUGUUUAUACUUGCGUACUAUUGUUUGUACAGAUGAAUGUGGUACAUUCAGGCAUUUGGAAAUUGCUCCCAAGGAUUAACCAGACUUGUGGAGGUCUACAAUUAUUUUUCUGAGGUCUUGGCUGAUUUAUUUUGAUUUUCCCAUGAUGUCAAGCAAAGAGGCACUGAGUUUGAAGGUAGGCCUUGAAAUACAUCCACAGGUACACCUCCAAUAGGCUAAUUUACAUAAUUUGAGUCAAUCAGAAGCUUUUAAAGCCAUGACAUCAUUUUCUGGAAUUUUCCAAGCUGUUUAAAGGCACAGUCAACUUAGUGUAUGUAAACUUCUGACCCAUUGGAAUUGUGAUACAGUGAAAUAAUCUGUCUGUAAACAAACAAUUGUUGGAAAAAUUACUUGUCAUGCACAAAGUAGAUGUCCUAACCGACUUGCCAAAACUAUAGUUUGUUAACGAGACAUUUGUGGAGUGGUUGAAAAACGAGUUUUAAUGACUCCAACCUAAGUGUAUGUAAACUUCCGACUUCAACUGUAUAUACACUCAGCAAAAAAGAAACGUCCUCUCACUGUCAACUGCGUUUAUUUUCAGCAAACUUAACGUGUAAAUAUUUGUAUGAACAUAAGAAUCAACAACUGAGACAAACUGAACAAGUUCCACAGACGUGAUUAACAGAAAUUGAAUAAUGUGUACCUGAACAAAGGGGGAGUCAGUAUCUGUUGUGGCCACCAGCUGCAUGAAGUACUGCAGUGCAUAACCUCCUCAUGGACUGCACCAGAUUUGCCAGUUAUUGCUGUGAGAUGUUACCCCACUCUUCCACCAAGGCACCUGCAAGUUCCCGGACAUUUCUAGGGGGAAUGGCCCUAGCCCUCACCCUCCGAUCCAACAGGUCCCAGACGUGCUCAAUGGGAUUGAAAUCCGGGCUCUUCGCUGGCCAUGGCAGAACACUGACAUUCACGCACAGAACGAGAAGUAUGGCUGGUGGCAUUGACAUGCUGGAGGGUCAUGUCAUGAUGAGCCUGCAGGAAGGGUACCACAAGAGGGAGGAGGAUGUCUUCCCUGUAACGCACAGCGUUGAGAUUGCCUGCAGUGACGACAAGCUCAGUCCGACGAAGCUGUGACACACCGCCCCAGACCAUGACAGACCCUCCACCUCCAAAUCGAUCCCGCUCCAGAGUACAGGCCUCGGUGUAACGCUCAUUCCUUCGACUGAUAAACGCGAUUCCGACCAUCACCCCUGGUGAGACAAAACCGCGACUCGUCAGUGAAGAGCACUUUUUGCCAGUCCUGUCUGGUCCAGCGACGGUGGGUUUGUGCCCAUAGGCGACGUUGUUGCCGGUGAUGUCUGGUGAGGACCUGCCUUAGAACAGGCCUACAAGCCCUCAGUCCAGCCUCUCUCAGCCUAUUGCCGACAGUCUGAGCACUGAUGGAGGGAUUGUGCGUUCCUGGUGUAACUCGGGCAGUUGUUGUUGCCAUCCUGUACCUGUCCCGCAUGUGUGAUGUUCGGAUGUACCGAUCCUGUGCAGGUGUUGUUACAAGUGGUCUGCCACUGCGAGGACAAUCAGCUGCCCGUCAUGUCUCCCUGUGGCGCUGUCUUAGGCGUCUCACAGUACGGACAUUGCAAUUUAUUGCCCUGGCCACAUCUGCAGUCCUCAUGCCUCCUUGCAGCAUGCCUAAGGCACGUUCACACAAAUGAGCAGGGACCCUGGGCAUCUUUCUUUUGGUGUUUUUCAGAGUCAGUAGAAAGGCUUCUUUAGUGUCCUAAGUUUUCAUAACUGUGACCUUAAUUGCCUACCGUCUGUAAGCUGUUAGUGUCUUAACGACCAUUCCACAGGUGCAUAUUCAUUAAUUGUUUAUGGUUCAUUGAACAAGCAUGUGUUUAAACCCUAAACGGUGUUUAAACCCUUUACAAGAAGAUCUGUGAAGUUAUUUUGAUUUUUACGAAUUAUCUUUGAAAGACAGGGUCCUGAAAAAGGGACGUUUCUUUUUUAGCUGAGUUUAUAUACACACACUCAAUCUCACACACACUACAUUGACACUCCCACACAACCAACACAUGUUGACACAACGCACACUUUUACACUCAUUUGUUGCUGCUACUCUGUUUUUUUAUUUUACUCUUAUUUCCUAUCCAGAUGCCUAGUCACUUUACCCUGACUUCAUGUACAUAUCUACUUCAAAUACCUUGUGCCUCUGCACAUUGAUCUGAUACUGGUUCUCCCUGUAUAUAGCUCCAUUCUUGUGUACUUUAUUUGAUUUCUCUUGUUACCAUUUACAUUUUUUUACUCUGCAUAGUUGGGAAGGGCUCGUUAGCAAGCAUUUCUACACCAGUUGUAUUCGGUGCGUGUAACAAAUAACAUUUUGAUUUGAUCUCUCGUCUUGACUCUACAAAUCCAGCUCCCAUUUUAAAGUGAAGGUGUGCAUGCCUGUGUUUGUGUGUGUUGCAGGACAAGGCAUUCGGCUCUGCCGGGGAGACUGUGGUGGUGGAGGAACUUCUGGAGGGAGAGGAAGUGUCUGUGAGUGUCUGGUCCUCUUUCUUUUUCUUACAUAGUGGGCAAAAAACAUUUGUCACGCAAAAUAGCACAGAUCUGUGCAAAGAAUACAUUGGAUAAUGUGCUUUUCCUAUUUAAAAUGUUAUGGUUAUUUUGCUCACUACCUGACAAUUCAAUAUGUGGUUCCAUUAUUGGCAUUUACUAACUACUUGCUCUUUCUCUUCUCCCGUGUAGUGUCUGUGUUUCAGUGAUGGCUGCACUGUGUCCCUCAUGCCCCCUGCCCAGGACCACAAACGCCUGCAGGACGGGGAUCUGGGCCCCAACACGGGCGGCAUGGGGGCCUACUGCCCCACCCCGCAGGUACACACGCCCACACACACUCUUGACAACCACCGACCGUUGUCUCACAUUGCUCAGAAUGUGUAGGACUUGUAUGUAGUCUCUCUCUGUCUACAACCUGCUAUUGUCUGUCCACCACCUGCUAUUGCUUGUCCACCUGUUUGUCCUCACUGUCUGUGUCCAGGUGUCUCAGGAGCUGUUGCAGAAGAUCAGAGAGACUGUCCUCCAGAAGACUGUGGAUGGCAUGAAGGAGGAGGGUGCCCCCUAUGUGGGUAAGUAAUGAACUGCAUGCAGCACACUGGUUAUUGUGUGGAGUGGAAAUGAAAGGGGUGCAAAAUUGGGUCCCUCUUUCUGUCGUUUAUUUGUGUCUGACUUGCUCGUUUACCUGUCGUCAUCCUUUUUCAGGUGUGCUGUACGCUGGGCUGAUGUUGACCAAGCAGGGGCCCAAGGUCCUGGAGUUCAACUGUCGCUUCGGCGACCCAGAGUGUCAGGUUUGUCAACUGUGUGUGUGAGCAUGUGUUAUUGGUACGUCUCUGCUCUAUUUUAUCAUCAUAGAGCUUAUAAGGCAAGUUUUGCAGUUGCACUCCACUAAUGGGUAAGGUUAAGAUUAAUGGAGGAUGAACUGGUCCUGGAUCUGUGCCUAUUAGGACAAUUCCGAUCUUGCCUGAAUCAUGUUCAGUUGGGCAAACCUUACCAAAACAUUUUGCAGUGUGAAAAUGGACAUUCCAGUAUUACAUCCCCACUCUGAAUCAAAAUAUUUUCUUCGCACUGAACGUGACCCUGUUCUAGGUGCUGAUGCCCUUGCUGAAGAGUGACCUGUACGAGGUGCUCCAGAGCACCCUGCAGGGGAAGUUAGCAUCCAGCACCACUGUGUGGCACCAGGACAGCUCUGCAGUCACUGUGGUCAUGGCCAGCCCCGGCUACCCCGGCUCCUAUAAGAAAGGUGUUGCAAUCACAGGUAGGUACGCUUCUGUCCACGCUCUACUUGCCUGGGGUGUAUUCAUUAGUCAAACACCGUAGCUAAAUGUUUUGCAACUAAAAUAAGUUUCCAUUGGACAAAUUCCGGUAGGUCCCUCCACAUUUCAUUCCGUUUGCCUCAGUGUUCAUUCGUUUGAUUCCUAGUGAAUAUUCCCAUGUUUGGAACAGAUCUGCUGUCAGUCGUAACCGACACUGAACAACCGAUCUAUCAACUAAUUACAUAACAUUAACCAGGUCUCCAUCCAACCUUUUUAUGUGAGUAAAGUACAUGUUGGAUAAAAAAUGUCAUGAGAGGCCUGAUGGAAACAACACAUUUGUUGGUAAACUUUCCAAAUGUGUAGCGUAUUUUGUUUUGCCAACAAGGUGUGAUAUUUUUGUGUCUGUAAAAUUAAUUAUACGAGAAAUGGUGGUGGAAACGCUUUUAUGCGCAAAUAUCGAUAUAAUAACCAUCAUAUCAAAGUAAACUUUGUGAUAUGGUGUGUGUGUGGUCAUCCCACUACGACUCGGAAAGCAUGCAGUUUUUAUUAGGCCAGUGGUUCCCAAACCGGGGUGCGAGGAACUCAGUCCGGCUUUAAACUUACUCUUGAAAGUUGUAAUAGUAGAAUGCACAAGGUGCAAUUUGGAAAUUGGGUAAUGCAUCAUCAGUUCCUCUUGUCAUGUUAGUCAUUGUAUACCUUAGAGAGCUAUUUAUAACUUGUCAGAAAUGUACAGAUCAACUAGCCCAUGUCAGCUAAUGUAUUUUUAUUAUGUUUAUUUAGCCCAGAGAUCUUGUUGUAAUGCUGGAAGGGGGGCCCCGAGUGAAAAAGUUUGGAAACCCCUGUAAUGGCUACAGAUGAAAUAAGUUAUGAACUUCACAGGGUGACAUGAUAAUUGAUGCUUGGCUGCUGUUUGGCCCCAAAAAAAAUUUGGGGUCCACAAUAAUCUCUUGUAGGUAUCUGCGGGCCGUUCUAUAAAGAGCGCACGUGCCAAGACCAGAGUGGGCACACUCGCGAUAUAACGCCAUUUAUUUUGUGACAAAACCAUCAAUAGAGUUGAAAAUGCAAUGGAAACCCAUUAAACUUGUAUGUUUUAUUCAGUACAUGGGAAUAUAACCGUAUACGUUUUUUUAAUGUGCAGUACAUCACGCACAGGUCCUCUGUAGCUCAAUUGGUAGAGCAUGGCGGUUGUAACGCCAGGGUAGUGGGUUUGAUCCCCGGGUCCACCCAUACGUAAAAAUGUAUGCACACAUGACUGUAAGUCGCUUUGGAUAAAAGCGUCUGCUAAAUGGCUUAUUAUUAUUAUUAUUAUUAUUACCUGCAACAAGUCAAUUUGAUGGAAAUGCAUCUCUUGUGGGAAAAUGUGCGUUUUUGUUUUUAUGCAGAUUUUAGAAUAUUCGCAUGAAAAUCUGCCGUUAAUUGGUGGAAACUGAUUAAAGUAGGGGGAGAGUAGGGACUCAUUUUUAUCUCCAUCUCAUACACUCCCUCCCUCCAUCUCUCUCUAUCACUCCCUCUAAUAUGCUCCCUAUAAUACUCACACUCGACUCUGACUCUCUCAGGUCUGUCUCAGGUGGAGGAGACAGGGGUACAGGUGUUCCACGCCGGAACGGCGCUGAAGGAAGGUGGCGUGGUCUCCAGCGGGGGCCGUGUCCUCACUGUCACCGCUGUUAGGUCGUCCCUGGAGAUGGCCCUGCACGCAGCCAAUCGGGGCGUGGCCGCCGUAGGGUUCCCGGGAGCCGUGUACCGACGUGACAUCGGCCACCGAGCCAUCGCCCACCUCACCCAGCACAGGUGUGUGUGUGAGAGGGGACAGGGUGGACGCACUAAACACACACAAACUGAACACUCAUUAACACUGAACACACAUACACACAGAUAAAGGACUUUCGGCAUCCUAAACACUCCUCAUUCAUAAUUUCACUGUAAUAGUUUGACCAUCGUCAGGUUAGAACCCUAUAUUUUGUUUAUUAGAGUACAUAUUGACAGGAGGGGCUAUUGGGUAACCCUAGACAAGGUCUACCUCGGUGUCUGUCGGUUGUUUACAUGUAGAUUUGGCCUAGAAACAGUGCAUUUAGUAUGAACCUACUAUGAACGCUCACAUUCCAGUAGAGAUUGUCUAGUGACAUUUCAUUCUGUAUACUGCUACUGUGUAGAGUUCCAGUCUGACUUUUUGUUUUCAUAUUUGGAAUUUUUUCCUAGUUAUUUAUGUUGGAUUGGCAUAAGCAUUGGCUGAAGGUAAUCUGCAUUAAAUUGGAGGUUGGCCUAGCAAGCACGACUCAUGAUUUGUACCCCUUGAUAAGAAUGGGUCAAUGGAUUUUGGACAGAGAAACAUUUGUAGGUAGUCUACCCAAAGUCAUUCUUAUACAUGACAGUAUAUAUAUAUUUUUUUACAUUAGUGUGAUAUAACUCAAUCUGGUAAUGGGAGGUAGUAGCUGGAUUGAGGGACCACCUGAUUUGACAUAGACAGACAAUAGCCUGUUGAGUCACACUGACAUUGGUAGAGGGCAAAUAGCUGUAGCCUGAUUGGUUGGUCGUCUCACCAUAACCUCUGACCCUUGCUGUGUGUCCCUCCCCCAGCAGAGGCCUAACCUAUAAGGACAGCGGAGUGGACAUCGCUGCGGGCAACCGGCUGGUGGACAUGAUCAAGCCGUUGGCCAAGGCCACCUCUCGCUCAGGUAGUCACGUCAACCCCCUCUCAUUGCCUUUAAUCAGAACGGCUACAGCUGAGCUACUAGCUAGACAGCCUGGAGAGCUGCAGUGCUUUUCCCAAACUCAUACCUAUCCACUUGUAAUGAUCUGUGUAAGAUUGGAUAUAUGAUUAGUUUCCCAAAUCUCGCUGAGUACCCUGCCUGUUCGAAUUCCACCUUUUGAACUAUUCAGGUCAACUAAUCAUCAAGCCUCUGAUUAGUUAAAUCAGGUGUGCUGGUACUGGAAUUGAACAAAUAAGUGGAAUGGCUGGGAAACACUGGUAUAAGCAUUAUGGCAAAAACCUCUACCUAGCCUAUUUUUAGAGGGACAAGGUGCUAGGGGUCGGUUUGGGAUUGGGCAUUUCAUUACAUGCCCUGCACUAAAGCAGUCUCUCAGUCAACCUAUCAUGGUUUCACCUUAUCCAACUAAUUACGAAGGUCCAAGAAGGUAAAUGAUUUUCCUUCCCUUGUGAAAUGAACCGGAGGAAAGAAAUUAGGUUAUUUGUCUUGUCUACUUUAUCUGGGUGUUGGAUAAUUAAAGUAAGUGAUGUAUUGUAGUGCCCAGGGCUUUAACAAAUACAGUACCUGUAGACACAGUUUUACUCAAAUAGAAUUUGGAACAGUUUCCUCGAUUUUGAUCUAUAAACACAUUGCUGUAGGAAGCAUAAAUUAGUUGUUUUCUACAAUAUACAUAUGGAUGGGUGGGCGGAUGGAUGGAUGAAUUGAUUUAAUUAAUUAUUUUGGUGUUUAAAAGACAUACAGGUAGCUGCCAAAAUAAAGGAAACCCUUGUAAAUGAGGGAUACAAAGUAUAUUGAAAGCAGGUGCUUCCAUACAGGUGUGGUUGCUGAGUUAAUUAACAAUCCAUCAUGCUUAUAGUCAUGUAUAAAAAAUGCCUGCUUGCCCAUUAAUUUGGCUACCAUGGGAUCUCAUUGACUUUGAUAGAGGGGUCUCAAAGGAGCAUAGGUUGUUUAAAGUGUGUAUGUGUCAGUCACCAGAUCUCAACACUAAUGGGAACGCCAUCAACAAAACACCAAUGAUGGAAUUUCUUGUGGAAGAAUGGUGUCGCAUCCCUCCAAUAGAGUUCCAGACACUUGUAGAAUCUAUGCCAAGGUGCAUUGAAGCUGUUCUGGUGUCUCGUGGUGGGACGGCACCCUAUUAAUACACUUUAUGUUGGUGUUUCCUUUAUUUUUCCAGUUACCUUUACAUCAACCAGAUGUAAAGGUAACUGGAUAGAAUAUUAUUUAAAAAAAUAUACAAUGUUUUGUAUAUUAAACUUUUUCCCCAAUGUGUUCUUCAUUUUGUAAAAGACCAGUGUUGCUUUUAUUCCCUUCCUGUCCACCAGGGUGUAACGCUGAGCUGGGGGGCUUUGCCGGCCUCUUUGACCUCAAAGCUGCAGGCUUCAUCGACCCCAUCCUGGUGUCUGGGACAGACGGAGUAGGGACCAAGCUCAAGGUAGGCAUGACUUCUCAAAACAAAAAAACGGUAUAUGAGACAUUGCAGCCGCAUUGCAUGUUUUGGUGCAUGAAUAAAGCUAGGGAGCAAUAUAUUCCAAGUACAGGCUUUUCGUUCUUUUUUUAUCCGUUUUUUUGGCCUAGCACAGUUAGAGAAAUGUAGGUUCAUGUGCAUAUGUUUUGGCUGUUUAUCAAUUACUCUUUCCGUGAUUCCGCACAUACCAUCUCCUCGCCUCCUCUGCUGUAUUGGCGUAGAAGGUCCAAGGUCCCUACUCUUAGACCUCCUUCGCCAAUGUGUUUUAAGCAGGUGGGGAGAGAUUAUGCUAGGAAUCACAAAGACAUUGAGAUCCUACAACCUCUUCAUGACUUGACCUCUGCCCUCAUCUCUGCCUUCUCUAGAUUGCCCAGGCAUGCCAGCAGCACAGCACCCUGGGACAGGACCUGGUGGCCAUGUGUGUCAACGACGUGCUGGCCCAGGGGGCGGAGCCUCUCUUCUUCCUGGACUACUUCUCCUGUGGCCGGCUGGAUGUGGGCGUGGCCUCCGCCGUGAUCGGGGGCGUGGCCGAGGCCUGCGGGUUGGCGGGCUGCGCUCUACUGGGUGAGGGGGGGGGUGGGGCAGUCGGAUGUCAGCCUUAAGAUGCAAGGAUGGCUGUGUGUGCGCACUAUAUUUUGUGUGUUCAGGUGGUAAGAAAGUGGAGAUGCUGGCUGUAUACUGGGGGUGUAGUGAAAACCAACAUAGUAGGGUUUUAGCUGCUACACUGGAAACCAUCUGUAUUCUUGGGCGUGAGCCAGCCAUCCAUUUCUGGGUUCUACAUUGUGUGUGUGUGUGCGCACAUUUGCAACUGCAUGCAUGUGUGUUUGAUCAUAUAUUUGUGUUAACAACUGUGUGCGUUUUUCUGUUCGUUCAUCCAGGCGGCGAGACUGCGGAGAUGCCCGGUGUGUACGGCCCCGGAGAGUACGACUUGGCAGGGUUCUGCGUGGGGGCGGUGGAGAGGGGCGCCCUGCUACCCAGGCUGGGGGACAUUUGCGAGGGGGACCUGCUCAUCGGGGUUGCCGCCUCGGGGGUGCACAGCAACGGAUUCAGCCUGGUCCGGAAGGUCCUGGAGAGGGCAGGAGUCACCUACAGCUCCCCUGCACCUUUCGGGAAACCUGGACAAACCGUGGGUAGGUUAAUGAGAUCAUAGAAGCUCUUACACAGAGUAAACUUACAUUUAUUUGAGAGAUCAUUUCUGUGGGUUUUUCUGCCCAAUCUUUCUUCUCUCAUGCUAUCUUCCUGCCUGUUACCUGUCUUAUCCCAGUCUCUAUUGGUCAUCUUUUGUACUGUUGUUCAAUUGUACUAUUGUAAGGUUUAUCUGGGUCCUUGAAAAGUGCUUUAUGAAUCCAAUGUAUCAUAAUUAAAGUAAUUCCCCCUAGAGGUCUCUUUUCCCCGUCUAAAGUCUUUCCCCAUGUUGAUUGACAGGCGAGGUUCUCCUGACGCCCACUAAGAUCUACAGCCGCCUGCUCCUGCCAAUCCUGCGCAGCGGCGCCAUCAAGGCCUACGCCCACAUCACUGGGGGCGGCCUAUUGGAGAACAUCCCCCGAGUACUGCCUCAGGAACUGUCCGUUGACCUGGGUGAGAGAGAAACACACACUUCUCUUAUUGCCCAUGUUUUUAAAGUGUAGUGGUAAACAAUGUAUGAGGAUGAAACAGUUGUCCAUAUCAGAUACCUGAUGCUGUUUUGAAUUGUACUAACUGUGGUAGGGCUGUCCCCAACCAAAAAAGAAAUCUUGGUUGACCGAAAGUAGUCUGUUCUUUCGACCAAUCGAUUGGUCAAUUUUUUAACUUGUAUUUUUCCAUAUAGACACACCGUAUGUGUUUUAAUAAAACCAACUAUAUGCAUCAAGCUUGUCUGAUGCUUAAGGCUUACCAUUUUGAUGAAAUAAGACAAAUGCCUCGAAGGCAUUUCUUUGUUUUGUUUACCCCAUAUGUAACUCUGUUGUUGUUUUUUAUCGCACUGCUUUGCUUUAUCUUGGCCAGGUCGCAGUUGUAAAUGAGAACUUGUUCUCAACUGGCUUACCUGGUUAAAUAAAAUAAAAAAGGCGCCAGAGAUCUAGAUAACCUGACCCAACUAUUUCCCUCCUGCUGGCUUUUACAGAUUCUGCCAUUGUACAAAUAUAUAACUAUGUAUAAAGCCAACAAAUAACAACAUUGCAGGUAGAAAAUAUCCUGAUUUUAAAAAAUACAUAUCCUAUAAAUUACAUUGGCUACACAUGGCCUGUCUGCAACGAACUUGAAACAUUGUAUCAUCUAUUAACUUGGGCCUGGCCUGAAGCUUGCCCUAGCGAACCUGCAACAUUGUAUAAAAUAUUCUGGGCCCUCAGAUUUUGGGACAGACACAGCUGUAGGCUAUUUGCGCAAGGGAUAAGAAGCAGUGCUUGACUUGGGCAGGAGCUUACCGGAGCUGAGUACCGGCACCUCUUAUAGAAUUUUAACUCAAAAGUAUUGUGGCGCUCCUGCACCUAAAUAUAAACAGUACCAGCACCCAAAAUGAGUAUCGGACCUAUUUCAGUCCAAGUCACGCAACUAAUUAGAAGUAACUAGGUAGUCCUAUAUUAUGACGUUUCCAUUGGUUUGGAGCAUUACAUUUUUCCCUUUCAGGCUGAGUGGUUAUUGAAAGGGAGAGAGCUGGAAAGAUUUUUGUAAUACAUUGAGGAACUAUUGUAAUUCUCAAUGGAUGUGAAAACCGACUUUGUUUGCUUGCUGUUUGACGUGAAGAAAACAUUACUUUGAGAAGCUCCACAGUUCAUUAGUGGUGGUGCGUUAAGCCAAUCAGAAAUACUAGCAGAUCCCCAAAUGCGCACAUUUGUAUCCCUACAUUUGCGCACAGGCCAGGUAGCCUAUAGGCCUUUAUAUGUGCGCGUCCUUACUCAACAUUGAUAGGAGUGCUCCAAACAAAAGAAUAAUAAUAAUAUGCCAUUUAGCAGACGCUUUAUCCAAAGCGACUUAGUCAUGCGUGCAUACAUAAUUUUUUUGUGUGUGUAUGGGUGGUCCCAGGGAUCGAACCCACUACCCUGGCGUCAUUCCAACGUGGAAAGGAUUCUAUUAUUUCUUUAUAACUUUCAUCAAGAACCGUAAGCUGAAAAUGGUGGCUACCUGUUAUUAGUCACCGUUAGCGUCUUCACCAUUGUCCGUGGCCUACACUAUCCACCAGCCAGCUCUAGCUCUAGCCUGGACAAUUCGUCGGCCAGUCUGCACAGCGUGCUAUCGACCCAGCGUGCUAUCGACCCAGAGCUUAUUGGACUUUCUGCCGGAAUCACUGGACCCUAGCGCCGGAUCAUCACAACCAGCUAGCUAGCUGCAACCUGUUGUUGGCUGAUUACCAUUGCCCUAUAGCAAGCACCAGUUAGCCUUGAGCUAGCCUCAGGCCCAUCUCCCGGCUAUCUACCUCUCUGUCAACCGGACGGGACCUCCUAGUGUUGACACUGAGCCCCGCCGAUCCAACACGACUGAUUUGCCAACGAAAUAGUCUGAUGUGGUUUCAACAGGCUUCCCGUUGCGACGACCACGAAGAUCCAUCUGCCAGCCCCGGCCCGCUAGCACACGCAAACUACAACUGUGCUCCCUGCUAGCUGUGCUGAAGCACCAAUUUGAACUGCUCUCGGACUCCCAUAUUGCUGUUCACUGGACCUUAUGAUCACUCAGCUGCACAGCUGAUGCCUGCUGGACUGUUCCUUUACACGGUACCCUGUCCUGUUUAUUCUGUUUAGUCUUAGCCCAAUUGUUAUCGCUAUUUCCAGUUGUCUUAGCUCUCUCUAAUAACACAUGUGACUGCUUUAUGCCUCUCUCCCAUGUCAAUUAUGCCUUGCCUAUUGCUGUUUGGGUUAGUUCUUAUUAUACAAUUUCAAUGUAGAACCCCUAGUCCCUCUCAAACUGCCUCAUAUAGUUCCUUUGUUCCUCCCCCCAUACACACCGAGACCGGCUCAAUCGAUGCCUCCAAUGACGCUAUCUCUUUCAUUGUUACCCAACGCUUAGGGUUACCUGAACUGUACUCAUAUCCUUCCAUAUCCUUUUCUGUACAUAAUGCCCUGAAUCUUUUCUACAACGCCUGGAGAACUGCCCCCUUUAUUCUAUGUACCCAACGCACUAGAAGACCAGUUCUUAAAGCCUUUAGUCGUAUCCUUAUUCUAGUCCUCCUCUGGUGAUGUAGAGGCUAACCCAGGCCCUGCAGCCCCCAGUAUCACUCCUACUCCCCAGGAGCUAUCAUUUGUUGACUUCUGUAACCGUAAAAGUAUUGGUUUUCUGCACAUAAAUAUCAGAAGCCUCCUUCCUAAGUUUGAGUUAUUCACUGCGUUAGCACACUCCGCCAACCCUGAUGUUCUAGCAGUGUCUGAAUCCUGGCUUAGGAAGGCCACCAAAAAUUCUGAAAUUUCCAUCCCCAACUAUAACAUUUUCCGUCUAGAUAGAACUGCCAAAGGGGGUGGAGUUGCAAUCUACUGUAGAGAUAGCCUGCAGAGCUCUAUCAUACUAUCCAGGUCUGUGCCCAAACAGUUUGAGCUUCUGCUUCUAAAAAUCCACCUUUCCAGAAAUAAAUCUCUCACUGUUGCCGCUUGCUACAGACCCCCCUCAGCCCCUAGCUGUGCCCUGGACACCAUAUGUGAAUUGAUUGCCCCCCAUCUAUCCUCAGAGUUCGUACUGCUUGGUGACCUAAAUUGGGAUAUGCUUAACACCCCGGCCAUCCUACAAUCUAAACUAGAUGCCCUCAAUCUCACACAAAUUAUCAACGAACCUACCAGGUACAACCCUAAAUCUGUAAACAUGGGUACCCUCAUAGAUAUCAUCCUGACUAACUUACCCUCUAAAUACACCUCCGCUGUCUUCAACCAGGAUCUCAGCGGUCACUGCCUUAUUGCCUGCGUCCGUAACGGGUCCGCGGUCAAACGACCACCCCUCAUCACUGUCAAACGCUCCCAAAAACACUUCAGCGAGCAGGCCUUCCUAAUUGACCUGGCCCAGGUAUCCUGGAUGGAUAUAGAUCUCAUUCCGUCAGUAGAGGAUGCCUGGUUGUUCUUUAAAAGUAAUUUCCUCUCAAUCUUAAAUAAACAUGCCCCAUUCAAAAAAUACAGAACUAAGAACAGAUAUAGCCCCUGGUUCUCCUCAGACUUGACUGCCCUUGACCAGCACAAAAACAUCCUGUGGCGUACUGCAUUAGCAUCAAAUAGCCCCCGUGAUAUGCAACUUUUCAGGGAAGUUAGGAACCAAUAUACACAAGCAGUUAGGAAAGCAAAGGCUAACUUUUUCAAACAGAAAUUUGCAUCCUGUAGCACUAACUCCAAAAAGUUUUGGGACACUGUAAAGUCCAUGGAAAAUAAGAGCACUUCCUCCCAGCUGCCCACUGCACUGAGGCUAGGAAACACUAUCACCACCGAUAAAUCUACAAUAAUCGAGAAUUUCAACAAGCAUUUUGAUACGGCUGGCCAUGCUUUCCACCUGGCUACCACUACCCCGGCCACCAGCUCUGCACCAUCCGCUGCAACUUGCCCAUGCCCCCCCCGCUUCUCCUUCACACAAAUCCAGACAGCUGAUGUUCUAAAAGAGCUGCAAAAUCUGGACCCCUACAAAUCAUCUGGGCUAGAGAAUCUGGACCCUUUCUUUCUAAAACUAGCCGCCGAAAUUGUCGCAACCCCUAUUACUAGCCUGUUCAACCUCUCUUUCGUAACGUCUGAGAUCCCCAGAGAUGGGGGUGACCUCUUCAAAGGGGGUGACACUCUAGAUCCAAACUGUUACAGACCCAUAUCCAUCCUGCCCUGCCUUUCGAAAGUUUUUGAAAGCCAAGUCAACAAACAGAUCACCGACCAUUUCGAAUCCCACCGUACCUUCUCCGCUAUGCAAUCCGGUUUCCGAGCUGGUCAUGGGUGCACUUCAGCCACGCUCAAGGUCCUAAACGAUAUUAUAACCGCGAUCGAUAAUAGACAGUACUGUGCAGCUGUUUUCAUUGACCUGGCCAAGGCUUUUGACUCUGUCAACCACCGCAUUCUUAUUGGCAGACUAAAUAGCCUUGGUUUCUCAAAUGACUGCCUCGCCUGGUUCACCAACUACUUCUCAGAUAGAGUUCAAUGUGUCAAAUCGGAGGGCCUGUUGUCAGGACCUAUGGCAGUCUCUAUGGGGGUGCCACAGGGUUCAAUUCUUGGGCCAACUCUUUUCUUUGUGUAUAUCAAUGACGUCGCUCUUGCUGCUGGUGACUCUCAGAUCCACCUCUACGCAGACGACACCAUUUUGUAUACAUGUGGCCCUUCAUUGGACACUGUGUUAACAAACCUCCAAACGAGCUUCAAUUCCAUACAACACUCCUUCAAUAGCCUCCAACUGCUCUUAAACACUAGUAAAACUAAAUGCAUGCUCUUCAACCGAACGCUACUUGCACCCGCCCACCCGACUAGAAUCACUACUCUAGACGGGUUUGACCUAGAGUAUGUGGACAACUACAAAUAUCUAGGUGUCUGGUUAGACUGUAAACUCUCCUUCCAGACUCACAUUAAGAAUCUCCAAUCCAAAGUUAAAUCUAGAAUCGGUUUCCUAUUUCGCAACAAAGCCUCCUUCACUCAUGCUGCCAAACAUGCCCUCGUAAAACUGACUAUCCUACCGAUCCUUGACUUCGGCGAUGUCAUUUACAAAAUAGCCUCCAACACUCUACUCAGCAAAUUGGAUGUUGUCUAUCACAGUGCCAUCCGUUUUGUCUCCAAAGCCCCAUAUGCUACCCACCACUGUGACCUGUACGCUCUUGUUGGCUGGUCCUCACUACAUAUUCGUCGCCAAACCCACUGGCUCCAGGCCAUCUAUAAAUCACUGCUAGGCAAAUCCCCGCCUUAUCUUAGCUCAUUGGUCACCAUAGCAACACCCACCCGUAGUCUGCGCUCCAGCGGGUAUAUCUCACUGGUCAUCCCCAAAGCCAACACCUCCUUUGGCCGCAAUUCCUUCCAGUUCUCUGCUGCCAAUGACUGGAACAAAUUGCAAAAAUCUCUGAAGCUGGAGACACUUAUCUCCCUCACUAACUUUAAGCAUCAGUUGUCAGAGCACCUUACCGAUCACUGCACCUGUACACAGCCCAUCUGAAAUUAGCCUGCCCAACUACCUCAUCCCUAUAUUGUUAUUUAUUUUGCUCAUUUGUACCCCAGUAUCUCUAUUUGCACAUCAUCUCUUGCACAUCAUUCCAGUGUUAAUACUAAAUUGUAAUUAUUUUGCACUAUAGCCUAUUUUAUUGCCUUACCUCCAUAACUUGCUAAAUCUGCACACUGUAUAUUAUAUGUAUUUCUGUUGUAUUUUUUACUUUGUUUUGUUUUACCCCAUAUGUAACUCUGUGUUGUUUUUAUCGCACUGCUUUGCUUUAUCUUGGCCAGGUCGCAGUUGUAAAUGAGAACUUGUUCUCAACUGGUUUACCUGGUUAAAUAAAGGUGAAAUAAAAAAUAAAUAAAAAAAUGCUCUACCAGCUGAGCUACAGAGGACCACAGACAAUGUCUAAAACUCGUAAAUGGAAUGAAAUAAACCAAAACAUGUUUCUCACAAGUGUAGCAUAGGUUGUGCACUCUGCAAUCAAUGUGUCCACUCCGACAAUGAGAACGGGAAGACUGGAAUAAUAAUAUUGAAUGCAUUAAAAUAAAUUACCGUAACCAAAGUAACAAACAUUUGUAGAUUAGGAGUUAACGGUAAAUGUACAACUGGUGAUUUAUGUAAUGGGGAAUUGAUAUACACUAACAAUCAAACGCAAACAAUUAACACAAUGAAGUUAUGAAACAAUGAAUGUGCACAAGUUGGCGGGAGAGAGUGCAUUCUGGAGAGGGAAGUACAUUGUGCAUCUGGGCGCAUUGUCAUUGGCCAUGCAGCAUUUACAGUGAUCUGGCCUCAGCAGAAGUCAGGGCAUUCAUGCUUCGCUGAGCAGUGCAGAGUUGUUGUCAAGGAAGUGAGUUUGCAUUUAUACAGGAAGUACCCCCUAUGGUCAACCAAUCACGUCAAUGCGGAGCUAUACAGAGGCCUCCACAUUGUUAAAAAUGUUUGGAGGCGCAUGGCGAUGCGGUACGGAGCUCGAUUUGGCCUAUGCAUGCAUCUGGAGGCUCCGCAAUUGCGUCACACCCUCCAUAUGGAGCCUCCAACCAUGUUUUCAGAUCAAGCAUAAAUUGGCUUUUAGUUUAGGCCUCCGCAAUGGAUUAGUUUACUGAGAUGGGCGUGUGUAUAUGUUUGUUUGUUUGUUACUGCUCGACUAAAACAAUCUCGGUCGACCAACAGCCUAUCGACCAGUCGACUAAUUGGGGUCAGCUCUAAACUGUGGUUAGUAUUUACUUCAUAUUGAAUGUGUGUGUGAGCUGCUCUGUGUGCACUGUAUGUCCCACCCAGACGCAUCCCGUUGGAUCAUCCCCCCUGUGUUCUCAUGGCUCCAGAAGGAGGGGGGCUUGUGCGAAGAGGAAAUGGGGCGCACCUUCAACUGUGGCCUUGGAGCCGUGCUGGUGGUGGCCUUUCCGGACGCCCAGAGGGUCCUGAGGCAGCUCCAAGCCCAUGAGGAUGCCUGGAUCGUGGGCUCGCUGGCCCACAAGCAGCCUGGUGAGCGACGACCUAAAGCAUGAGUAGUGAAACUCUCAUUCCAAUGCUUCAGGAAUUAUGGGUUCUGUACACUCACAGACCGAUAAGGAAACUAACUGUAUGUUGUAUAGAAUCGAUCUUGUUAAUGAGGAAAUGCCCUUCAGAUGUUCACAUUAAAUGUAAUUUUUGUAUUGAUGGGUUCAAACACGCAUGAGCUCACACACAGGUAAGACUCACACAGUGCUUGGUGGUAUUCAUCUUUGUCAUUUUACUGAAUUUUGUGUGUGUGUGCCUGUUUGUGAAGGGGCCAAGCCUGUGGUGAUCAGGAACCUGGAGCAGAGCCUGCGUGUAGGCCCCUCUCCCUGCGUAGUAGACCUGGGGCCCCUGCAGAACGGAGCGUCUCAAGGGGACAGCAGCAGCACCGUCCCCCGCAAGAGGACCAGGGUAGGCGUCCUCAUCUCAGGCACAGGUUAGUGGCGUGUGUAUGGCGUGUGUCACUGUAUCUGAAAACACUGCCAAGUGCCAACAGAUAGUAAUUUAUUACAAGCAAAUGUCACGUUCAAGUGAUGCGCGUGCAUGCUCUCAUCAAAAAUCCCUGUAGCAGAAUUAGCUAUACACUGAUGUCGGGAUCAGCGUUGCCAGGUCAAGCAAACAUUUCUAGCCCCAAUGACCUCUCAAAACCCACCCACAAGUCCUGAAAACUAGCCCCCCCCCCAAAAAAAACAAAACAAAACAGUUGCCACAUUUAUCCAAUAAACCCUUUUUCCGUAGCGUUAUUGAGCAAAUUAAGAAGGAAUAUCGGCGUAAUUUGUAACGGCAUAUUCUAAGAAGCUAAAUUUGUUUUUCCAUCAAAAUAAUAAUUAUUGUGACCUUAAGAAUGUUGUAAGAGAAAAGAUAAUUCGCCCUUAUUAAACUCGCCAGAUCAUUUUCCAUCAAUGGAUGUCGAUUUAACUUGUUUUGACUGCUAUGAUUAAUCAAUAAGGCCCAAGGAUGUGUGGUAUAUGGCCAAUAUACCACGACUAAGGGCUGUUCUUAGGACACAGCCCUUAGCCGUGAUAUGUUGGCCAUCUACCACUAACCCCUGAGGUGCCUUAUUGCUAUUGUUGUGAAUUAUUAUUAAUGAACUGUAGAGUUUAAUGGACUAUGAGGUAGAACUGGGUUAAUCAAGAGCAUAGAGUGCAGUGCCUUCAAAAUGUAUUUACACCCCUUGACAUUUUCCAGCCUGAAUUUUAAAUUGAUUAAAUGCAGAUUUUGUGUCAUUGGCUAAACACAAUACCCCAUAAUAUCAAAGUGAAAUUAUAUAUAUUUUUUUACAAAUUAAUAAAAAAUUAAAAGCUGAAAUGUUUUGAGUUUAAGUGUUAAGCUGCUUUUCUAAUGGCGAACCUAAAUAAGCAAUAGUAGUGUUAACAUUAUUUUUGAAUGAAUACCUUAUCUCUAUACCCCUCAGUCGAGCAGUGAAUUUCAAACACAGAUUCAACCACAAAGACCAGGGAGGUUUUCCAAUGCCUUGCAAAGAAGGGUAUCUAUUGAUCAGACAUUGAAUCUCUGAGCAUGGUGAAGUUAUUGAUUACACUUUGGAUGGUGUAUCAAUACACCCAGUCACUACAAAGAUACAGGCGUCCUUCCUGACUCUGUUGACGGAGAGGAAGGAAACCGCUCAGAGAUUCCACCAUAAGGCCAAUGGUGACUUUAAAACAGAGUUUAAUGGCUGUGAUGGGAGAACUAAGGAUGGGUCAACAGCAUUGUAGUUACUCUACAAUACUAACCUAAUUGACAGUGAAAAUAAUGAAACCUGUACAGAAAAAAAAUAUUCCAAAACGUGCAUCCUAUUUUCAACAAGGCACUAAAGUAAUACUGCAAGAAAUGUGGCAAAGCAAUUCACUUUUUGUCCUGAAUACAAAGUGCUAUGUUUGGGACAAAUCCAAUUCAACACAGUGAGUACCACUCUCCAUAUUUUCAAGCAUAGAGGUGGUUGCGUCAUGUUAUGGGUAUGCUUGUAAUUGUUAAGGACUUGAAGUCCUUAAAAAUAAUAAUGGGCAAAUAUUGCACAAUCCAGGUGUGGAAAGCUCUUUAGACUUACCCAGAAAGACUCACCACUGUAAUCGCUGCCAAAGGUGCUUCUACGAAAGUAUUGAUUCAGGGGUGUGAAUACUUAUGUAAAUGAGAUUUCAUUUUCAAUAAAUUUGCUAACAUUUCUAAACAUGUUUUCAUUUUGUCAUUAUGGGGUAUUGUGUGUGUGUGUGUGUAAAUGGAUGGGGUGGGGGGGAUCUAUUUAGUGAAUUCAGGCUGUAACACAACAAAUGUGGAAUAAGUCAAGGGGUAUGAAUACUUUCUGAAGGCACUGUAUAUUCUUAUAUUUGUGAUAUUUUACCUUGCCUCGCUGGCUAUCCUCCGACAUCUGCGAUGUUGUAGACGAUAACCAUCUGAUAACGUGUUUAACUUGCAUGCGCUGCAUCUGAAUAUAAUGUAAACAAGCCCCUUUCUGAUUCGAAACUGCACGCACAACUUUUUGACGUGGCCAGGAAAUAUGUCUAUAGGAGCACCCUUAUUGGUGCAUGCCAUAGUUUACACAAUCUCCUUUAAAUGACUGUAGUCCAGGGGUCUCCAACCUUUUCUAGCAUGAGAGCUACUUUUAAAAGAUCGAACAUGUCGUGAGCAACUUUUUUUUUUUUUUGGGGGGUGGCUAUCAAAUGGGCACAUUCUCUUCUCUCCCCUGUAACUCUUCCCGGGUUCUUGGUGUACAAGAGAAAGUAGUGCACUAUGUUUUCUGUCAAUGUACCUGGUAAAAUAACGGUUAAUAAACAACUCUAAGGGGGGCCCAAUACAAUCUGAUGUUUUCUAUUUUCCCAAAUUAUGUUCUCACUUUUAUUAAUCACUUAAAAUUACAAUUGUUAAUGGAGAAACAAUGAAAUUGGAUGUUCUGAGUCAUGUCAAUAUUUUAAAUCAAAUCAGAAUAUAUAUUUUUAAUUUAAUUCCACAUCUGGGCCUUUUUUAAUUGCGCAUCUAGCAAGUGUAUGUGCCUUCUAAUGUGCCAGUCUAGCGAUGGUUCUGUACUGCUGCUGCUCAUGUCAUGGCAAAGUUUACAAAUAAUAUAUACAAAUGAUAUACUUACUCAUUAUAUACUUCUGCCAGGUAAGCCUACUUUGCUGUUAACAUUAGAAUUGAGAAGGUUUUGGAGAAAUUAUUUCUGUCAACCCACAAGACUAAACUGGCUACUACACACGGAGCGAUAAACAAACGAGCGCACCACACAGACCUGCAUAUUGCUGGAAAUUAAUUGGCAGAUAUUGUUAGGUUUGGCUUUUUAAGCCAAUCGUGGCUAACUAGGGGUGGGAUAAUGUCAAUGUUGCGUUCAUUAAAUGGUAGCUGUGAGCUGGCGGUGUCUGAUACUUGUGAGAUUUGUUUGACAGUUUGCGGUGGAACACGUGAAAAUUGCAUCUACUUUCAGAAUUGUUUGGCGAGCUACUCAUAGGUGGGCUGCACGCUACUAGUAGCUCGCGAUCUACCUGUUUGAGACCCCUGCUGUAGGCCAUUGUUAAAGGGAUACUUCACCCAAAUUUCAACAUUAGGUAGAUGGUUCCUUACUGUGAAAGAUGUCUAAGUAGAGCCUGUAUAUGUGUAGAAUUGCAGUUAAGUGGAUGCUAGUGCCCCAUAGCUAAUUGCAGUUCUCCAGUUAUAAAUGUAAUCUGUAUACCAGUGUGCACUGCCUUAAGUGUAUUGUGUGUGUCAGGCACCAACCUGCAGGCGCUGAUGGAGCAGGCCAAGAGAACGUCCAGCUCAGCAGAGAUCGUGGUGGUGAUCUCCAAUAGGCCGGGGGUUCUGGGCCUCAAAAGGGCCUCUCUGGCCGGCAUUCAGACACGGGUAGUUGACCAUAAGCUGUACGGUAGCCGGGCAGAGUUUGACGGCACCAUUGACCGCGUGCUGGAGGAAUUCGAUGUGGAGGUGGUGUGUCUCGCCGGCUUCAUGAGGAUCCUGACAGGGUCCUUCGUCAGGAAAUGGAACGGUAGGACCACCCAGCUUUGUGUGUAUUUUUAUGUGAUGUCUAUGUAUCACACAGAAAACGGUGAUUUGAUCCAAAAAAGCAUUCCUUAACUUCACUUGCUCUCCCUUGAAGUUAUAUGGGGUAAAGAAUGCUUUUUGAAAUGAUCAAAUCCCUCAGUCGAGCACCCGAUUCUUUUCCUUUUUUUGAUCAAGCUGGGCUGGAGCGUGUUUGGGUACGCUUUCACUCUAUUAACAAUGCUUUGAUAUUAUGUUUGUGCGAGUGUGUGCACAUAUGUGAGAAUUCAUGUAUUUUGUGUGUUGUAGGAAAACUGCUGAACAUCCAUCCGUCCCUGCUGCCCGCAUUCAAGGGGGUGAAUGCCCAGAAGCAGGCUCUACAGGCGGGGGCACGGGUCACUGGCUGCACCGUCCACUUUGUGGCUGUAAGUACUGUACUGAGAACAGGUCCUGCCUCUGCUCACCAAUACUAACCAUAACUGGAUGUUGGUAUAGAAAUGAGCUCAGAUCAGAAAUGAGCCCCCCGUGGGCCUCCUGUAGCUCAGUUGGUAGAGCAUGGAGCUUGCAACGCCAGGGUUGUGGGUUCGAUUCCCACAGGGGGCCAGUAUGAAAUGUAUGCACUCACUAACUGUAAGUCGCUCUGGAUAAGAGUGUCUGCUAAAUGACUUAAAGAUGUGAAGAAAUCUGAUCUUAAAGCCAAACGUAUCCUGUGUUUCCUGCUCCACUGCAGAACAUGGUUGAAAAAUGUUCCAUUUGAAAAUGGAUGCACAUUUAGUUUGUUAUCCAUAUCUUGAUUUCGAAAGGGCUUUAUCCAGAAACAACCCCUCACCCUCUAGGGCUAGGCACAUGUUGAUCCAAACGGAUUUCUCUGAUACAUUAGGUGGAAUUAUAGCCAUAUUGCUUAGACCUAUCCAAUCCUUUCAGAUACAUAAGUGCCUAGGGUUAGAGGCUAUGGGUUGUUCCGGGACAGGACCGUAGACUUAGAUAGACGACUCAUCUUUUGUGUCUGUGAGUGCACAGACGGUGCCAUUGAGGCCAUUUCCAUUUUGAAGUAGUCAGUUAUUCUACUACUAUGAGUUGGUAACAAACUGAAAGGGUGCAUACUGCCACCUGGAGUGUGUUUUAAACAGGUAUAAAGCCAAUGUUGACGAUUUACUGCCACCUGCAGUUAUGGAAUGUUUUCUCACGAUUAUAAUUCAUUGGCUGAUCCCUUGAUAUGACCUGGAUGAAAUUAUGUGAUCUUUCCUUAACCCAUAUGAAGUCCCACCCAGUUGACUACUUAAAAAUGGCGAUGCCCAUGCUAAAACAGGCUUUUGGGCACGGAGUCGUCUAUGGACAGGACCUAAAUAUUACCCUGCCUUAACUUUUGUCCACAGGAAGAGGUUGAUGCCGGGGCCAUCAUUGCGCAGGAGGCGGUGCCUGUGUUGAUGAAUGACACCGAGGAGAGCCUAUCAGAUCGCAUCCGGGAGGCAGAGCACCGGGCCUUCCCUGCCGCCCUGGAACUGGUGGCCGGGGGCGGUGUGAGGUUGGGGGAUGACGGACGCAUCGUCUGGAACCCCAACACGCAGGGCUAAACCUCACCACAGUACCAACCACACCUGCCCAAACACACCCUGGCCCCCAUCCCCAAAAUACCCUACCUCAAAAUACAUUGGCCCCCACCUAAAUGCAGUGGCUCUACUGACCUGCGUAGUAAAUGUCUCCCAUAGCCUUUUGCUGAAAAGUCAACCUCUUAUUGUUAUAAUAGAUAUUUGGUCAAACAACUAGGCUAUAAUGGAAUUCUUCAAAGACCAUACCUCCCUCCCUCGUCUCUGUAGCCACACUGUUUUCUUCCAGAUACAUUCCUUGUGCCAUUGCUACAAUGUCAAAAUAACUAAGUAAUUCCCCUUGCGCAUAAUGUUACAGUAGUACUUAAACUAUGAAUUUAGGUAUAUCCUCGAGACAUUGCAUGAUGAGUCAAUCAAUAAUGUUUUUGCUAUGCCAGCUGGGAAAGUCAUUAUAGUUGUAGUAUGAAGUGGGUUCUCUGCAUAUACUUUAACACUGCGUGACGAUGCCGAAACUGCUAUUUCUGCCUGUCCUUGCAUUAAACUUGCAAUGUUGAACAACUUUAUUUUGUAGUUUAUCGGCAAACCAGCAAGACUUCGUCACACUUAACAUACGA